AUCGCUUUCGCCUUCGACAUCGACGGGGUCUUAGUCCGCAGCAAGACGGCGCUGCCGGGGGCCAGCGAAAGCCUGCGGCUCCUGCAAGAAUCCAAGAUCCCCUUUAUAUUCCUGACCAACGGCGGGGGGCUAACAGAAGCAGACCAUGUCGCGCUCGUCGGGCAACGUCUCGGUCUGCAGCUUGAAGAGGAACAGUUCAUCCAAUCGCACACGCCAUUCCGAGCUGUCGUCCCCGAGCUUGCUGAUAAAACGAUCUUAGUCCUCGGGGGUGUAGGAGAUCAGAUCAGGAACGUAGCGCGAGCGUACGGCUUCAAGCACGUCGUUACAUCAUCCGACAUCUACGGGGCCUACCCCAGCAUCUACCCCUUCGCCGACCUAACCUCCUCAUCGCACACGACUCAUUCCCAACCCCUGCCCCUCUCCUCUCCCGCCGACCCUCUACAAAUCAGCGCUAUAUUCAUCUUCUCAUCGCCGCGCGACUGGGGUCUAGAUCUGCAACUCGUGCUGGACCUACUACUCUCGCACCGCGGCAUUCUAGGCACCAUCUCCCCCUUGAACAACACUCCGGAGCUGCCCAAUCGCGGAUAUUUGCAAGACUCCCCUCCGGCGCUGUACUUCUCGAAUCCCGAUCUGACUUGGGCUACUAGUUACCCGCUGCCGCGCGUCGCGCAGGGCGCGUUCGCAGCUGCGUUGCGCGGAAUGUGGAAUGCGUGUACGAAUGGCGCGUCCCUUCUCGAUUGCUGUACCACGGUUGGUAAACCGACGCGCGAAACGUACGAGUAUGGUGAACGCGCUCUAUUGUCCUAUUACCCAGAAGCUCAAGAUCAAGAGAACCAGCAACCGCCCAUCCGCACAGUAUACAUGAUCGGCGAUAAUCCGCACUCCGAUAUCUCAGGUGCUAAUGCGUUUCGCUCACCUACAGGCACUGUUAUAUGGAAAUCUAUAUUGGUGGAGAGUGGUGUGUAUCAAGCGGGUAGCGUGCCGGAUGUAGAACCGGAUAUGAUAGUGAGUGGUGUGAAGGAGGCUGUGGAGUGGGCUUUGAGGGAAGAG